AAAGUUUUAUUGUGAAAUUAUUUUAUGCAUCAUUUAGAGAAUAGAAUAAACAAUUCAGAAUAAUGCCAGAUUAUUUAGGAGCAGACCAAAGAAAAGUACGAAAAGAUGAGGAGAAAGAAGAUAAACCAAUUCAAGCAUUAGACGAAGGUGACAUAGCUGUUUUAAAGACAUAUGGUGCUGGUUCGUACAGCAAGUCAAUUAAAACUGUAGAAGAGGAUAUCAAAAAAAUCACAAAACGAGUAGACGAGCUGGCAGGUAUUAAAGAAUCAGAUACCGGACUUGCUCCGCCUGCGAUGUGGGAUUUAGCUGCUGAUAAACAAACAUUACAUUCGGAACAGCCAUUGCAGGUUGCUCGUUGUACGAAAAUAAUAAAUGCAGAUUCUGAUGACCCCAAAUAUAUAAUAAAUGUUAAACAGUUUGCGAAAUUUGUCGUCGACCUUGGUGAUCAAGUAGCUCCUACUGAUAUUGAGGAAGGGAUGAGAGUUGGUGUAGACAGAAACAAGUAUCAGAUUCAUAUUCCAUUACCACCCAAGAUUGAUCCCACCGUCACCAUGAUGCAGGUUGAAGAAAAACCAGAUGUCACAUAUUCCGAUGUUGGUGGCUGUAAAGAACAGAUCGACAAAUUACGCGAAGUUGUCGAAACUCCACUGCUACAUCCUGAACGUUUCGUAAAUCUUGGUAUCGACCCACCCAAAGGUGUUCUUUUAUUUGGUCCACCUGGAACUGGCAAAACAUUAUGUGCACGUGCUGUGGCGAAUCGAACGGAUGCAUGUUUUAUUCGGGUGAUUGGAUCAGAACUUGUACAGAAAUAUGUUGGAGAGGGCGCCAGGAUGGUUCGAGAAUUGUUCGAAAUGGCACGUAGCAAAAAAGCUUGUAUUAUAUUUUUCGACGAAAUCGACGCCGUUGGAGGUGCUCGAUUUGAUGAUGGUGCUGGUGGUGACAAUGAAGUACAGAGAACGAUGUUGGAGUUAAUUAAUCAGCUAGAUGGUUUCGACCCCAGGGGAAACAUUAAAGUUCUCAUGGCCACAAAUAGACCUGAUACUCUCGACCCUGCAUUAACACGGCCUGGAAGACUUGAUAGAAAAAUUGAAUUCUCUCUACCUGAACUUGAGGGUCGUUCACAUAUAUUUAAAAUUCACGCUCGUUCAAUGAGUGUCGAACGAGAUAUUCGUUACGAAUUACUAGCUCGCUUAUGUCCUAACAGUACAGGUGCUGAGAUUCGAAGUGUCUGUACUGAAGCUGGUAUGUACGCUAUAAGAGAAAGGAGAAAAGUUGCAACAGAAAAAGAUUUCUUAGACGCGAUACAAAAAGUAAUCAAAGCGUACGCGAAAUUUAGUGCAACGCCGAAAUACAUGACUUACAAUUAAAAGCUGUAUGUUGGUGUUAGAUGAUCAACUUGUUUCUGGACUGUUUUUUUGUUUGUUUUUGUGGUUUCUAUGGAUACUAUAAAAGAAACUUUUGUGAAUUGUA